AUGGCCGACUCCGUGGUCAGAGCUUUAUAUGGCAAAGCAACUUCAUUAACAUUAAGUUCAAAGAAAAUGAAGAAAGUUCCAGAGUGUAUUUCCAGAUUAACAAACCUGUCAGUCCUCCUACUGAACAACAACUCCAUCAGCUGCCUGCCUGCAGAGCUGCUCUCUCUACAACACCUUUCUGAGCUGAAUUUGGGAAAUAAUGCCUUGAAGGAGGUUCCUGCUGUGUUGGGCCAUCUGGAGUCCUUGAAGAAACUGUAUCUGUUUAGCAACCAAAUCAGAGCAGUGCCACCUGAGGUGAUAGGCGGCUUAACAAAACUUGUUGUGCUUAAUCUGAACCACAACCAGAUCCGAGGACUUCCUCCAGAGAUGAAAAGAUUAGGCAGGCUUGAACAUCUCAGUGUGCUGGACAACGAGCUGGAGGAGGUUCCUGCUGAGUUGGGUCAUCUCACCAGGUUGACUGUUAUAAACCUGACUUACAACAGUUUGUCUCGGCUACCUCAGCAGCUGUACCAGUGUAAAGAACUCACCAAGCUGCAUGUCGCCAGAAACAAGCUGAGCAGCCUACCAGAGGGAAUUGGGGCACUGUCUAAACUCCAAGUUCUGGAUGUGGCUGGGAACAAGUUGUCCAUGUUCCCUGUUGGGUUUCCCCUGCUGCACCUAAAGGAGCUGUACUUUGAAGACAACUGGUUUGUGCGCUGUGAGCCGAUGUGGUCGGAGCAGGAUGUGGUAGUGCUGACAUUAAAGGAGCUGGCUGCCAGACGUGUCCUGCGGGAGGACCGGAACAAGUCCUCUCUAGUCCACAGGAUGCUUCCCCUCCACCCAUUUCUGACCGCCAUGUUGGCCAACAGCAGCUGCUGUGCGGUCUGCUUGGACCCCUUCCUCACCACCUGGUUGGAGUGUGUGCACUUUAUCAGUCUGAAGAAGGACAUGAACAUGAGGAGUUCUCAGACUAUUCCCGUGCGUGCCCUUCUUUGUUCAUACAAGUGCUUCAAUGAGGGUGGACACUCCUACUAUGGUGUGGUUUCAAGAUAAAUACAAGUCUAUUAAAAAGAAUAAUUCUUUAAACCACGCACAGCUUGAUUGACGUCUAUGGAAAUGAGGAGGUUUCAUCCUCAAAGGAGACACCAUACGGAUGGGAGCAGCACACUGACGAGAGGCAUCUACAAAAGGCGCUUGUAAAUUCCUGACAUGCCUAGCAUAUGUUAAUGAGCCAUUCUCUCGCUCUGAUAUAAUUACUACAGGGGGAUAUUGCCUUUGGUGAGAAUAUCUGUCUCGCAUGGCGCGGCUACCUCAUGGGGGUGAAAGAAGUAAAGAAUGAUAAAGUAGCGGGUGCAUAAAUUCUCAUUUACCAUGCUCGGAGGUAAAGGGAGUGAUGUUGGCAAAUUCACUCAGGAUGAUAUAUUGGGGGGAAGGCACCUGGGGUUCAUUACAUACCUCCUUUGUUAAAGCGCUUUCUGCAGGCGUGUAACGUUUGUUAGGGGGUAUUUAGGCUGUCUUGUCAUUUGGAGCACUUACUUAGGACGUCUUCAGAGGAGCCUAUGGCUGCGAAAGCUCACAUUGCAUCUUGGGGC